AUGUGGCAUUCCCUAACCCUACCCUCAUACGGCUCUGUUCUCCUUCGUGCUAUUCGUUGGCCAACGACGCGACUGCUGAAGCGGUUUGACACGGCACGAGUGGACAUAGUGGAAAGGCUCCCGUCUCCCUUCGGCUUGGUGCGCACAGGAGUUGCUCCGGACCACCCUGAAACCAAGAAUGUGAUCAACCAGUUUACUCGUGUGGCCCAAAAUCCCCGCUGCCAAUACUUUGGCAAUGUUCUGGUCGGCCCUGUGGCGUCCACAUCAGCAGCAGCAUCCUCCACGUCAGCAUCAGACCCGUCACCAUCUUCAGCCUCACCAUCACCAGCAGCAGCAGUGACAUUGCAUGAGCUGCGUCAGAUGUACCAUGCUGUCAUCCUGGCGUAUGGAGCAGAGGGCGACCGCGAUCUCAACGUGCCAGGGGAGCACCUGAGAGGAGUCUUCUCCGCGAGGGAGUUCGUGUGGUGGUACAACGGCCAUCCCGACUACGCCAAUCUUCCAGUGGACCUCACCUCUACUGACACCGCUGUUGUCGUUGGCCAGGGUAACGUUGCCCUAGACGUGGCAAGAGUGCUGCUCCGACGACCGUGCGAGCUUCGACCCACUGACAUUGCAGAGCAUGCGCUGGAGGCACUUGCAAGGAGCCAAGUCAGGCGAGUGCAUGUGGUGGGAAGGCGGGGUCCGGUUCAGGCCGCCUGCACUGCCAAGGAGGUUCGCGAGGUGCUAAAACUUGAUGGCAUUCAUGUCAUGCUCAAGCAGGAGGACUUCGCACUGACUCCAAUGGAUGAGAGCGAGCUCAAGGCAAGUCGCAGCCACCGCCGCGUGUUUGACCUGCUCUCCAAAGCAGCAGCCGCCUCUGCAUCAACACCAACACCUCCACCAUUAACAUCAUCAGCAGUGACCUCCACCACCAGCAAUGUAUACAGAAGCAGCAGCGGGAGUGACAGCAGCAGCAGCAGCAGUGACCGCCGUGAGCUGGACUUUGUGUUCUUCCGCUCGCCUGUGGCUGUGCUGCCUGCAGUGGAUGCGAAGGGGGGAGCACAGGGACGUGUUGGGGCUAUCCGGCUGGAGAAGAACGUACUCACUGGGGACUUCAAGGAUGGGCCACGGAGGGCAGUGGGCACUGGGGAGAUCUCCGACCUGCCUUGUGGCCUCGUGUUCAAGAGCAUAGGCUACCGCUCUCUACCAAUUGCUGGGCUGCCUUUCAACCAGCGCAGCGGCACGGUACCGAACGAGCUGGGCCGUGUGCUGCAAGCCAGUGGAACCGAUCCUGCCAGUGAGGCUCGGUAUGAGCCGGGCCUGUAUGUGGUUGGGUGGCUGAAGAGAGGCCCCACAGGAAUCAUCGGCACGAACCUGAUUGACGCUGAAGAAACGGUCUCUAGCAUUGCACAAGACGCUCUAGCAAGUGGGUUCAUUUCUUCAACGCUUCGCAAGCACACCAUGGCAGUCAGGCGUCUCCUGCUUUGCGCCGCGUUGUUCUGCCUCGUAUUAAAUGGUAACGCCGUUCCGGGGAGGCAGCUUCGUCACCGAAGCAAGUAUUCGUGGCAAGACUUCGCCGCUUUGGGGAAAUUCUCUGGAACUCUCGCCGCUCCCAUGAGCGGGAGUCAAGUCAGUGGCGGGAACAAGAAGGACCAUGGAGUUAUUCGAAUGUCGAUUUUCUCGAAAGAUGGCGAUUACAACGUAUAUUAUAAUGGCAAAGCCGACCUCAAGGAUUCAGGUUACCCGACAACCGUUGGUAUUUUUAAGGGGAAAAAGGGCGAGGCCGGGACGCUCGCAUUCGACUUCACGGCCGACGCCACGUGGACGAACGACACGUGGAACCCCGUUUUCCCGGUUUUCCGGCAAUUUGUAAACCACUUCGAUUACAGCUUCGAGGGCAUUUACGAGAAGGCGAGCACCAAGGCCGCGGCGACGGGCACGCUUAAGGAUCUUAUCGAGGCCAUGUUUAACGACGGCGCUGGCUCGUACUACGGGUUGGUGACCUCCGCGGCGCACGCGACUGGGGCGACGCGCGGGCAGUUCCUUGGAUUCAAGCUUUCCAUUUGA